UGAAAAUACUAAGAAAUUCUAAAAAUAUUCCUAACAUGUGAUGAUUCGUUGCUUUCUAAAUUUUUUGUGGAAUAAAACUAGUUUUAGAUUUCUAUCAAAUAGAAGAAGGAGACUUUUAAACGGAACGGAUUAUAUGAAAUCAAAAUCAGGAUACGCUGGAAGAAUCAGAGCAAAAAAACAAGCUCCCUGUAGAAGAUAACUUCUAGGAAUAAACCCUGCUAUACUUUUAACUGUAAAAUAAUUAAUACAAUAAUCAAGUUUACCAUGGAUAAGGUGCGAUGUGCUCACCUGUUACUAAAGCACACUGGAUCUAGGAAUCCAGUGAAUAGAAACACUGGAAUGGCCGUAACGAGAACAAAAGAAGAAGCGGUGAAUGAAAUGAAAGGUUAUUUGGAAAUGCUGAGGAAAUCUGAAAACCUGGAUCAAGAAUUCAGGAGACUUGCAACGGCUAAAUCCGAGUGUUCAAGUGCAAGGAAAGGAGGUGAUUUAGGCUUCUUUGAUCGAAACACAAUGCAAAAACCUUUUACUGAAGCUUCAUUUAACCUCAAGGUUAAUGAGAUUAGUGACCUGGUUGAAACUGAUUCCGGGAUACAUCUUAUAUACAGAAUCGCAUAAUCAUUUUUUACAAAUUUCCCCUUAA